AUGGAACUUAACAAUGGUUUAAAUCAUUUUCAUGAUGAAUAUCAAUAUUUACGAUUAAUUAAACAAAUUAUCGAUUCAGGUGACAAAAGAGUUGAUAGGACUGGCGUCGGCACUUUGUCCAUUUUUGGAGCAAUGCAAAGAUAUUCUCUGAAGAAUAACACAUUGCCAUUACUCACUACUAAACGCGUAUUUACGAGGGGGGUUAUCGAAGAAUUAUUAUGGAUGAUAUCUGGUUCGACCGAUUCUAAGGAUCUUGCUGCUGUAAAGGUUCAUAUAUGGGAUGCAAACGGGUCUCGAAAAUUCUUAGAUAACCUAGGCUUCACAGAAAGAGAUGAAGGUGAUUUAGGUCCUGUUUAUGGCUUUCAAUGGAGACACAGUGGAGCUGAAUACAUAGAUUGCAAAACAGAUUACACUGGACAAGGAAUAGAUCAAUUACAAAAUGUUAUAGACUUAAUAAAGAACAAACCAGCUGACAGGCGAAUGCUUAUGUGUGCUUGGAAUCCUUUGGACCUGAGUAAAAUGGCUCUACCACCAUGUCACUGCCUUGCUCAGUUCCAUGUUUCAAGUGGCAAACUUUCCUGCUUGCUAUAUCAAAGAAGUGCAGAUAUGGGUCUAGGUGUACCAUUCAAUAUAGCCAGCUAUGCAUUACUGACUCACAUGAUUGCACAUAUCACAGGAUUAGAGGCUGGUGAAUUUAUUCAUACUACAGGAGAUACCCAUGUGUACCUAAAUCAUAUAGAACCAUUGAAGCAACAGCUAAAAAGGACACCUAAACCAUUUCCAACUUUGGAGUUUGCACGUAAAAUAAAUUCCAUAAAUGAUUUUAAAUACGAGGAUUUCAUUAUCAAAGAUUAUAAUCCACAUCCAAAGAUUGAAAUGGAAAUGGCUGUGUAG